AUGGAUAAUCCGGAAAAUAUAGUAGCACAACUUAUCCAGGAAGAGCAAAGAUCGAAAUGGAUUGCACACAUCAAUCAUAAUGUGAAAUGUUUUACAGAAGAUGAGAUAAGAAGAUUUAUGAACAACUACAAAACCGUACUUGGUAGAGGUUGCUUUGGCGAAGUUUAUGAAGGGGUCCUUGAGGACAAAAGUAUGGCUGCAGUCAAGAAGUUUAUCCGCAACAUUAAAGAAAACUUUGCCAAAGAGUUGAUCGUCCACCGUGAGAUCAAUCACAAGAAUGUAGUCAAAUUGGUCAGCCACUGUGUAGAUGAAAAUGCACUGAUGGUGAUCACGGAGUAUAUUCCUAAGGGAAAUCUGAGUGACAUCCUUCACCGGGAUAGUAUUCCCAUCGUUUUGGAUACACGGCUAAGAAUUGCCAUUGAAUGUGCAGAAGCAUUGGCCUAUAUAUGCGCACAAAUGUAUACUCAGGUCAUUCGUGGUGAUAUCAAGCCUGCAAAUAUACUUCUGGAUGAUGGACUCAGUGCAAAAAUAUCAGACUUUGGAAUAUCAAGACUAGUCAACACUGAAAAUACUCUAUAUACCCUAAAUGUGAUAGGAAGUAUAGGCUACAUGGACCCUCUAUUUGCGCAGAGUGGCCGCCUCACAGCAAAGAGUGAUGUUUAUAGUUUUGGAGUUGUGCUCCUGGAACUGAUAACCAGAAAAAAAGCAAGAACAGAGUUUGGGGAGAUUGCCUUGGUUGAAACUUUUAUUCAAUCUCUUUCAAAAGGAUUUAGGAGUGUGAGGGAGAUGUUUGAUCCUGAAAUUGUAACAUCGAGCGACUGCAAGACUAUCAAAGAGAUUGCUAAGUUGGCAGGUAAAUGCUUGAAGAUGGAACUUGGCAAACGACCUGACAUGUUAGAAGUUGCAGAACGUCUUCACAAACUUAGAAAAGCUCCACAUCAGGCACAAGAAAGCCUAGCUCUGUUUUCUUGGGGAAGGACAAAUAAACAGGAUCUCCAAAGACGCGAACGUGGUCUUGCUUCGUUAGAAACACACGUGUUUAUGGGACGCAACAUUACGGGUUAUGUUACAGCCCCGCACUACCGGAUCCACGGCCUAUGGCCGUCGACAUAG